GCGGGGGCUUUUAGAGAGGCGUUGCCGCACACACCGACUCUGGCAGAAUUAUAUACCCGCAGUCCUCCACGCAUUUUCAUACAUUGCGCAUUUUGCAGCAGAGAACAGUCGUUCAGUACCCAGAGCGCGACACGUUUGAAGAAAUAAAGUCUAAGCCAUGGCCAACUACAUUCACGUACCCGACGAGGCUCCCGCUGUGCCCAAAAUAGACGUGACCGUUGACGAGAGCGACUACAGAACCGGUGCGUUGAAGCUGAUGAAGGAGCUGAGACCCAAUUGGAAGCCGUCCGAGGUCAAAGUGAAGUUUUUCACAGAUGGAAUCACCAAUAAGCUACUCGGCUGCUACGUGGGCGCGGUCAUGCAGGACGUGGUCCUCGUGCGCAUUUACGGUAACAAGACGGAACUGUUGGUCGACCGGGAAAAUGAGGUGAAAAGUUUCCGAGUGCUACAAGCGCACCGCUGUGCCCCGCGCCUUUACUGCACCUUCAACAACGGCCUGUGCUAUGAGUUUCUGCAAGGGACUGCCCUGGAGCCAGAGCACAUUCGCAGCCAGCCUGUUUUCAGGCUCAUUGCCAGGCAGCUGGCCAAGUACCAUGCCAUCCACGCCCAUAAUGGCUGGGUACCCCAGUCUGACCUGUGGCUGAAGAUGGGCAAGUAUUUUGCUCUCAUCCCCAAGUACUUUGAGGACCCUGAGCAGAAUGCCAGGUUGAACAUGGAGGUUCCCAGCCCACGGUGCCUCCGAGAAGAACUGGUGUGGCUCCAGCAGAACUUGUCAUUGCUGGGCUCCCCCGUAGUUCUCUGCCACAACGACCUCCUGUGCAAAAACAUCAUCUAUAACCCGAAGGGAGAUAAUGUAAAGUUCAUUGACUACGAGUAUGCUGGGUACAAUUACCAAGCCUACGACAUUGGGAACCACUUCAAUGAGUUUGCUGGCCUGAAUGAAGUGGACUAUAGCCACUACCCAGAACGAUCCUUUCAGCUUCAGUGGCUCCGCUCCUACCUGGAAGCCUAUAAGGAGCACAAAGGCCAGGACAGCGCAGUCACUGAUACGGAGGUGGAGAUUCUCUAUGUCCAAGUCAACCAGUUUGCCCUGGCAUCUCAUUUCUUCUGGGGUCUCUGGGCUCUGAUUCAAGCAAAAUUCUCCACCAUCGACUUCGACUUCCUGGGAUAUGCUGUCCUGCGCUUCAACCAGUACUUCAAGAUGAAACCAGAGGCGACCGCGCUGAACUUACCCAAAUAAAGCCCCCACCUCCUCAUCUCCUCUUCCUCCUGCUCUUUCUCUCAUCCAACCUGCUCUGCGCCUCGCGCGACGUCCGCAGAGCGCCCUCUAGAGGUUUGUGUAGAGAAGAGCCAAACUGAGUCCUGUUCAGUUCCCACCGGUCCCCUCUAACGUCCCGAGGACUGAGUGGACCACAAUCCUAUCCAUCAUCUGUAGACACAUGUGUAAAAAACCAGGAUGUAGCUCAAAUUUGUGGUAUGGCAGCGUGCGAAGGACAGAUUCAAGACCUGUUAAUGUGAAGUCCACCUGGCCCUAAGUUAUUACGGUCAGUUAUUAUUCUAACAUCUGCUUCGAUGUCCGCAUGAUAUUAGCAUUUCCAAGCAGCUCUUCCGAUAGCUCAGAUCACUUUAAUACAGAGCUGGAAUGUCGCCUCAUUCACAGCGAAUACAUAGCAACCACCAACGUGUGUGGUGGCCCGAACACUAAUCCCAUCGCCUGGAGACGCCUUCCUCAUAUUCACAUUUAUGGGGCAAACAUUCGGGAGCCGCCCCAAGUUAAAGACCAAAUUUACAAUGACAUCAAAGUAAUACAAAGCCUACUUUGUUUACUGAGGAAGCAAGACGGGGGGAAUAAAGGAAGCAAACUCGAAUGUGAAAAGGCCAGUGCUUGUCCCGUAAUCUCAUGUGACACAAGCCACACCGCUCUACACUUGUGGCUUGUCUUGUGACUGUUUUUUUUUUUUUUUUUUUUCAGUUAUUCUCACCAAACAUGCAUCCGUGGUGCACCAGAACAGCCGUGUAGGCAUUACCGCUGCAUGUUUGGGCGAGGACUUCUGUGUUUUGGCGUAUGAAGGAAGGGAGAUGUCGUUUACUUCAAAUCCUCUCCCUUGAGUGAAACGGUUGAUUAUCACUGAAAAAACUGUUUGAUUUAAGGAAGAUUUUCACUGUUAUGUAAGUUGUGUGAUGAUAUUGUCAUAACUGGGGACAAACAUGAAUCUCACUGUAAUCUGAGCAUUCCACGUUCAUAACGCUAGACAGGAAAUUAGUUUCAGCUCACAUUCUAAGUCAAUUUUAGGGAUUUCUUUCACUGUGACGUCGCCUGUAAACCUCGCUGUUCUAGACAAGACCAAACCAUUAUAUCAUCUCGUUCAGAAUCCUCUUAAAUAUUACAAAACACUGCUGUUCAGCCCCGAUGAACUAAGGACUGACUGUUUUUGUUCAUUCACAAAAUGUGUUACAAAGUGCGAUAUGGCCUUGUUGACUCUCAGACUGAUGAGCAGUCGUCUUUUUAAGCACAGAAACAAGGGUCCGUGGAAAAGUGAGAAGAACAAGAGACACAGGUCAUCAGCUCGGUUGAGUUAGACGGUUAGAUGAUAAAAAUCUAAUGAUAGUCAGUCGUUAGUGGGACCUAAGGAGAAGAGCUGCUGGAGAGAAAGCUCUCGCAGUAACCGCUCUUGAUAUUCAUCUUGAUGUUAAAUAUAAAUGCUUUAAAAAGGAGACUUAGGAAACCUUUUUAAAAACUAAAACUUCCCUUUGUUAUGUAACACCAAAGUGCUGACUUUUUUUUUUUUUUCUUGUACGUUGUGCACACUGUAUUGUUUUGUAGCACAAAGACAGUUCAUAUAGCAAUUAUAUAGGCUUAGAAAGAGUAAACAUUUUUAUACUUAUUUAAAUGGAAAUGUUAAGGCUGAGGUCUUUGAGAGCGUAAGCACGUUUGCUGAAUAAUGUUAAGUUCAGGAAGAGGACUUAAGUUUCACCUUCCUGAGAAAUUUAAGCAAACAUCACAUGUGAAAUGUGGUACAACUUUUUUUUUUUUUUUUUUUUUUCUUGUUUACUACAAAAUACUCGUUUGCAUUUUUUGCAACUAGAACCAUACUGACAACAGUGGUGUGAAGUAGUAAAGUUUGGAGGUAAGGCCUAUUACUCUCAUGUCUAUAAUUUAGUGUUGCGAGUCUUUCAUGUGGGUGAAGAGAGAGGGAGGCAGGUCUUGAAAUAUUGGCCUAACACCUUUUACAGAAAUAUGUACUUGAUCCGAAAUGGUUUUUAUUAAGUUGUCGGUUUGAGUUGUGCUGGAGGAAAAUUUGAAGGAGUGUGGAAGAUUUUGUUUUUGCACAGUUAGUCGUCCGUCAGACUAGGUUUACACACAACAAAUCAAUUUGACUUCCACUCAUGAAUAAUCAAAUAAAUUAAUUCAAAUGUGAAAAAAAAACAAAAAAAAACGUUCUGGUACAAUAUUUAAUCGAGGCUUUAUUAACCAUACACCUGGAACGCAUUAGUGCAUUUUCACUGUUUAUCAAAGGUCACCCCAGUACUGCUUAUAUCACUCCAUUACUGAAAUGUUUUGGUAUUUAAGAUUGUUUUAAAGAACUGUCUGUCCAUAAAUCUCUGGCCACUGUAGCAUAUGUUUAUAUGUACAGCAUACAAUUGUAAUAAUAUCUUUGCUUGUUCUCAUAUGUGAAUUAAUGUACAUAGAGGGAGUUAUUUUAUUUUUUUGUUUUCUAAGAAGUGCAUUAAAGUGAAUUAUUGCCUGGUGUAAGAGGUGAAACUGGAAAAAAAAAUGUGAAUACGCUUUGAGAAAUAAAGUCUAUUUACGCUUA